UCAGUUUAAAACCCAUGUGUUCUAUUUCCAGAACUUUCAGAGAAAUUUUACGUGCUUUGUUUUUAUUUAGAAAAGUCGUUUGACCACUUGGGUGUCAAAUAUUUGUUCACAUACAACUCUUUUCUGUACUUUGGUUACAGUGGUUUGUAUCCAUUUGGUCCUAGCAAGCUAAAAUGACAGCUGCCGAGCUUCAGGUAGACAUAGAUGAACUUCUCCAAUUACAAAACCAUGCUACAAGACAAAGAGUGAAAGACAUUUUAGCAACAAGCAUAAAAAGUUUAGAAACGGAAAGAGACAGAGUAUUGCAGAGCCAAGCGUCACAGGCAAAUGGAGCCCAGAGUUUAGGAGUGAAGCUGGGAAGUGUGCCAGUGCCAAAGACAAGAUGUACUGUAGAUAUCACUACAUAUGGCUGGGACCAGUCUGAUAAGUUUAUGAAGAUUUAUGUCACAUCAAAUGGUGUCCAGAAAAACCCAGCAGAAAAUGUGACAUCAUCCUUUACAGAGAGGUCUAUGAAAUUAAGAAUACAAGACUUGGAAGGCAAGGACUACCUUCUGGAAAUCCGACACUUGUUUGAUGACAUAAUUCCUACAGAGAGUUAUCAUAAAGUGAAGACAGACAUGGUUUUGGUAAUGUUGAAGAAGAAAGAACAAAAGAAAACAUGGGCCUAUGUCACAGAGACAGAAAACAAGAUUAAGGAGAAGAAAAAGCCAAAACUAGAUGAUAAGGAUCCUGGCGAGGGUCUGAUGCAGAUGAUGAAACAAAUGUACGAGGACGGGGAUGACGAGAUGAAGCGGACAAUAGCCAAGGCAUGGACAGAAUCACAAACCAAACAGAGUGCAAUGAACAUGUGAUUGGGAGGAAGGAAAAAAGUUGCAAAUUUGAGUUGUUCAUUGUUUGCCUGUGCCAUUUGAUGUACAAGAAAUUCUUGAUCCUAAAGAUUCCUCUUUUUUUUCGGAGGGGGAGAGGGGGAGGGGGCAGUUUUAAGAUAAAUGCAUACCUAGACAGGAACUUUCAUUUGCUGUUGCCAUGGAAGUUGCAAAUUUGAGUUGUUCAUCAUUUGCCUUUGACUUUCGUUUUUUUUGU